AUGUCAAGUCGGUGGUUUGAUUUUGGUGGCGACACAAUCAUCCGCGCCGACCAGUACAUACGCCUCGCCUCCGACAUGCCCUCACAGUCAGGGUGGAUCUUCUCCCGAAUACCGCUGACGGCGACCAACUGGGAAGUGGAAUUCGAGUUCUCAAUUCACGGCAAAGGCCACCUCCACGGCGAUGGGUUUGCGAUGUGGAUUACCAAGGAGAGGGCGCAGCCUGGUCCGGUAUUCGGGCACGCCGACCGCUUUGAAGGAUUGGGCAUUUUCUUCGACACGUACAAGAACAACAGGCCUGGGGUUGUGUUUCCUUACGUGAUGGGUAUGAUGGGAGACGGCAAGACUUCAUAUGAUGCGGCAAACGACGGGAAAGCGAACGAGAUCGGUGGUUGCUCGGCUCGAGGGUUGCGCGGUGCUCCUAUCCCGACCAAAGCAAAAUUGACUUAUUUCCAAGAUAGGUCACUUUCGCUCCAGCUACAGUACAAGUCGACCGACGCAUGGAUCGACUGCUUCUCCAUUACCCCCACAGCAGAUCAGCCAUUGAAGAUGCCCAACACAGCGUAUUUGGGUUUCAGUGCGCACACAGGCGAGCUUUCGGAUAACUUUGACAUUGUCAGCGUGGAGACACGGAACCUGUACAACCCCGUGGCAGCAAACACCGGGAGAGAUAAGGCUGCGCAAGCACGGACAAGUGGGAGGGGAAGAAGCACCAGACCCCAGGGUGGUGGUUGGGGAUGGUUCUUUUUCAAGUUGCUCCUCUUCGCUGGUGUGGCUGGUGGCGGCUAUGUUGGGUACAAAAAGUACAAGGAGAAGCAGCGGUAUGACGGAUUCAAGGGGUUUUAG